AUGCUGAGCUUCCUGGUAUACUCUCUUCUCUUCACCUCCACAGACGCCAUCAAAUGCUUCAGUUGCGCCAGUAACAAUAUGAAAGAGAACUUUCUGACCAAGCAACGAGGUCCAGGAGGGCGGAUUCAACUACCCAGAACGUUCAGUGAUGAUUGCAAUGGGAGCACAAAUAUCAUUAGGGACCGAAGCGCAGAUGACUGUGGUGCCGGUGGUAUUUGCGUUAAGUGGACCCAAACUGUUAAUAAUUCGGGUGCCUACAGCCAAAUGACAUUCCGUGGAUGCUACAAUAAAAUGUUUAAUUUGAAUGAUCCAUCGGUGUUCAAACCACCCAAUCACUCAUUUUGCACACAUUCGGAGGUCGACUUGGCUUGCCUAUCCGAUGCCUCGGUUAUCGAAGACACUUGCUGGUGCCAAGGAGACUCGUGCAAUGGAGUAUUUUUUGAGCACCGGAAAAUUUUUAAAAACCCAAAAAGUCAAAAUUACAGAGACAAUAGUCGAAAUGCCAGCGAGACUUCGAGUAUUCAGGAUCUUCUGAUCAACGUAGAAGCCAACGAUUUGUCGAGUGUGGUCAAUGAAGAGGUCUCAAUCACAAUGUCGGCACCACCAUCACCGGAAACGCCUCGGAAAAUCGAUUUUGAGUCGGAAAUAGAAAAUCCCAAAUCCGAGCGAGUAAGACGACGAUUAACGCUGAAAAACUCGCUAGGCAGUGAUUUAGAGAACGAUGGUGAGAAAUCGACGCCUGUCCGAAAACCGUCUAGAAUCUCGUAUGACGAGCGGCUAACAGUGAUUUGCGAUAGUCAGACGUCGUCACCGCUUCGUAAGAUCGUUCAGAAUCCGCAGAAAUGUAAAUUCGCGCCAGAAAAAGUUUCAGACACUCCAUCGCCGUCGCAGGAGCGUGAAAAGAGUCCGUUUGAUGAUGUGGUUCAGCCGAAGGGCUUUUUUGGAUUCUUCUGGGAAGAAAUGACAAGAGGCUACUCUCUGCACAACGACCAUGCUCGUUUCUCGGAGAAGCGUCGAAAAGUUUACGCGUUCCUUCGAAUCCCUCUGGAACUCGAGCAGUUCCUGGCCUACGGCCUUCUCCAGUGCAUCGACUCCUUCUUCUAUCUCUUCACAUUUCUACCCCUCCGAUUUCUAAUGUCAAUUUUUGGUGCGCUUUUUCGAGUGAAACGAUGGACGUCUGCGGAGACUUGCGACUUUUUAAAAGUCCUUAUCAUUUUUGCGGCUUCCAUGUUGAUUCGGGAGAUUGAUUCAUCAUUUCUAUAUCAUCAAGUAAGGAGUCAGGGGACCAUCAAGCUGUACAUUUUCUACAACAUGUUAGAGGUUGCCGAUCGAUUGUUUAGUAGUUUGGGACAGGACAUGUUCGACGCACUACUCUUCACUGCCAACUCGGAACGUCGUCUAUCCGCUGGCCACAUCGUCCGAACCACUCUCCACCUCAUCGUCGCCAUCGUCUACGCCACUAUUCACUCAUUUCUAGUCAUUCUCCAAGCCACCGUCCUCAACGUGGCAUUCAAUUCACACAACCAAACCGUACUUGCAAUUAUGAUGAGCAAUAACUUUGUGGAGUUGAAAGGGGCUGUAUUCAAGAAGUUUGCAAAGGCGAAUCUGUUUCAAAUGGCUUGCAGUGAUGUUCGAGAACGAUUCCAUAUUUAUGCACUACUGUUUGUGGUCAUGAUUCGAAAUAUGACUGCUGUCAAUUGGAAUGUCGACUCGUUUGCGGAAAUGGUGCCGGAUAUCAUAAUGGUCGUCGGCUGCGAGUACUUUGUGGAUUGGCUGAAGCACGCAUUCAUCACAAAAUUCAACGAGAUUAAUUCAGAAGUGUACAAGGACUUCACAAUAACCAUAGCGUUCGAUGUAAUCCGAAGUCGGGAGGAGAGCGCGUUCAGUGACUAUUCGGAUCAGGUGGCAAGGCGGAUGGGCUUCAUUCCGAUUCCAUUGUCGAUUAUGAUCAUUCGAGUGUUGAGUCAGACGUUUACACUCGAUAAUUGGGGAUCGAUUAUUGUUUUUGUAAUCGGUUGGUUCCUCCUUCUUGCCAUCAAGUGCUGUAACGGUGUCAUUAUGCUGGGAAAGGCUUGCCAGCACGUCAAACGCUUCCGCGAUAUCCAGGCUCGAUCCGAGUUCGAGCUGUUCCGCAAACGAAUGGUCGAGAAGAAGAGCAAAUCGGCGCCCAACUCGCCGAGAAUGUCUUUGAUCGAUUUUACAGACGUACUCCAUCAACCGGCAGCUGGAAAAGGAUUCACUGUUUCCGACAUGCUCAGUCAGUGGGAUGAGUUACAGCCUAGCUUGCUCUCUGAUAAUCGCCGAAGCACGGAUAGAGAUACAGCGAUUUCUGGGUUGAUGGCUAGGAAUGACGAGAGGACGCCGAGACGAGCCGUUAGUAUGGCACAUAUUCCAAGACGAGACAGAAGUGAGCCGCCAGCGGCGAGCAUUGAUCAGGAGCCAACGGACACUGAUGAGCCGCCGAUCACCAUCGCAACGUCGGCUUCGCAAGUGAACUCUGAACAGGCUUCGCCAACGAAAAAGAAAGCGCCGGCACCGGUGACGGCUCCAGUAUUGACUACGACGUCUUCUGAUGAGUUGGCAGAUGUGACAGCGUACAAGAUGCCGGAGCAAGGUGUUCAGAGGAUAGAAUAA